AACUCUUACCUGUGACUUGUCUCAGAAGCUAGAACUAUCUGAUAAUUCAUUUGAUCUAAAGAUAAAGAGGAAUAUUAAUUUGUGUCACUUUUUUGUAUGCCUUUUAGGUAUUGGAGUCGGCAUGCUGGUACGGGAAUAUGGCAAACUGUCUAACUUGGAUAAAUUCUACUUUUCCUUUCCUGGGGAAGUGCUGAUGAGAAUGCUCAAACUUAUCAUUCUGCCAUUAAUCAUAUCAAGUAUGAUCACAGGUGUUGCUGCUUUGGAUUCCAGCGUUUCUGGAAAGAUUGGUUUGCGAGCAGUCAUAUACUAUUUCUGCACUACAGUCAUUGCUGUAAUACUAGGGAUUGUCUUGGUUGUGACCAUUAAACCUGGAGUGCCUCAAACAGCAAAUGAGAUUGACAGAGUGGGCAGUACCCCAGAAGUCAAUACUGUUGAUGCCAUGCUGGAUCUGAUCAGAAAUAUGUUCCCAGAAAACCUUGUCCAGGCCUGUUUCCAACAGUACAAAACCAAACGUGAAAAAGUUGAAGCUACAACUGGCGUGGAUAAAAACAGCUCCACAUUUACGGAAGAACCUGUUACGACUGCUACAACAGCGGGAGCUUCAGAGAACAAAACCCAAGAAUACAAAAUUGUGGGCGUGUAUUCCGAUGGCAUCAAUGUUCUGGGGUUGAUCGUCUUUUGUCUUGUUUUUGGAAUGGUUAUUGGGAAAAUGGGAGAGAAAGGACAAGUGCUGGUGGAUUUUUUCAAUGCUCUGAACGAAGCUACAAUGAGAAUAGUUCAAAUAAUUAUGUGGUAUAUGCCAAUUGGUAUUGUAUUUUUAAUUGCUGGGAAGAUAAUAGAAGUUGAGGACUGGGAGAUCUUUCGUAAACUGGGUCUUUAUAUGGCUACAGUACUAAGUGGACUUGCAAUCCAUUCCAUUGUAAUUCUGCCACUGAUCUACUUAAUAAUAGUAAGGAAGAAUCCUUUUCGGUUUGCCAUGGGGAUGGCUCAGGCACUUCUGACAGCCCUUAUGAUUUCUUCCAGCUCAGCAACUUUGCCUGUCACCUUCCGCUGUGCAGAAGAAAAAAACCUCAUUGACAAAAGAAUUACCAGGUUCGUUCUUCCAGUUGGAGCUACCAUCAACAUGGAUGGCACAGCUCUUUACGAAGCAGUAGCAGCUGUAUUUAUUGCACAACUGAAUGACUUAGAACUGGAUAUUGGCCAAAUAGUUACCAUCAGUGUCACAGCUACAGCAGCCAGCAUCGGGGCUGCAGGCGUCCCCCAAGCCGGACUUGUCACCAUGGUCAUUGUACUGAGCGCUGUUGGCCUGCCUGCCGAAGAUGUUACUCUGAUCAUUGCAGUUGACUGGCUCCUGGAUCGAUUCAGAACAAUGGUGAAUGUCUUGGGAGAUGCCUUUGGUACGGGGAUAGUGGAGAAGCUCUCUAAAAAGGAGCUGGCGCAGAUGGAUGUCACCUCUGAAGUCAACAUAGUCAAUCCUUUUGCAAUGGAAACAAUACUUGAUGAAACAGAGACCAAGAAAUCAUAUGUCAACGGGGGUUUUGCUGUAGAUAAGUCUGACACCAUAUCCUUCACCCAGACAUCUCAGUUCUAAAGACAGUACCUUUCAGGUUAAACAGGAGCACUGAAGGACUUGGCCAUAUGCAAUGUCUCUAAAAGCUUAAAGGGUAAUUGAGAAUCAGUUAACAUCUCACAUGCAUUUGAUUUAGUGCA